AUGGAGAACAAGAAAGUCGACGACCCUGGUGCCCUGGCCUUACGGCGUCUGGUCCGAAGCCCAACCGGCAGUCGUCUGGCUCCCAGGCGCUCGUCGACAAGUGCUUCAUGUUCUUCCAGCAGCAGCAGCUGCUCGACAUCUUCAGUGACUUCGUCAGUCGACGGCGAGAUGCCAACUUCCUGUGUCUCACGCAACACUUCGAGCGACGAGUGUGCCUUGUACAGGUUCAUCGUAUGGGCAGCCGUCAAGCGCAAUGCCUGCCCCAAGAUGACUUCCGAAGAGCGGCGGGAGUGUCCCUUGCUGCGCUGCCGCAAGAGGUUCCCCAACCAUGAGCUCAUGCUGCAACACCUGUAUUCCUGCGACCACCUCGCCGGCGGAGAGUACUGGUGCUAUGACUGCGAGAAGCCCGAGCAGCUCAGCGAUGUCAAGUGCAGGCGCUGUCUGGGCCACCCGUCCAAGAGGAGAAAGAUCAUGACCAUGGCCAAGAGCUUCUUCAGUUCCUUGGGCCACAAGCCAAAGUCUCACAGCCUGGCGCUGGUUGCGUCCUCCAUGGGCAUGGGCGGCUUGGGCGUGGGAGUGGGCGAUGGCGGCUCUGGCGCUGGCGGGGGUGAAGACGAGCCCCCAAGCUACGACUAUGUGCUCUUCUCGCCUCCGCCUCCGCCUCCCCAGGCCGAACUCUCCUCGAACGAGAUACAUGAAAUCGGUUCGAGUGAGGUGCUGCUCCCCACUAUCCCGGAGUGUGAGACCGAGACUGAGCCUAUACCCGCCCCUGGGAUGAUCCCCUGUCUCCCCCCAUCCACAUUCCCCAUCUCACCACCAGGCUCCCACCCGGGAGCCGUGCCGCUGCCAUCGACUAUGGAAGCAGACUUCAUAAAUUGGAGGCCUUCACCACCUUCCCCCCAGACCGUGGCACCUCAAAGCCUAAUGAAGUCGAGCACAUCACGGUUGGUCGAUCGCCCAACGCUCCAGGUCAACACCCACCUGGACCAUUACCGAGGCCAAGGGAGACGACGCAGUAAGGUGCUGGCCCCGAGCUCCUCUGUCCGGUCCACCAGCAGUACCGACAGCACAGAUAGCACUGAUAGCACCGCCAGCUACAACAUCUCGCCCAUGUCGGGCUGGUCCAACGGAUGGACAAAGACGUCCGGCUUCGAGUCUGCCUUGACGUCACCUGACGACCUCAUCAGUCCUCAGAGCCUCCUGCCCAUCGGUCCCUUCUCGACAAACAACACCACUGCUACUACUACUAAUACUGCUGACGGUACCACCACCUCGACGAGACCAAUUCCCUUUAGCAACUUGGAGUUUGAGAACAUGGUGGCCAACUCAUGCCCAUCAGAGCUUCCCGCCGACAUUCCCAUGUUUGACCUGCCCUCCACCAUGGAUCCUCAAAAGACACAGGCGCCCAUGAGCUUGGACCAGGCUGCCUUCUCCUUCAAUACCGAUAUUCCUUUCCAGCUCCCAUUGGAACCUCAGCUACCCUCGACCGAUAGUGUCGACUAUGGCCUUGCACCGCCGCCGCCACCACCUCCUUCACAACAACAACAACAAACUACCCGUAACACUGAGUCAAGCCUCAUGCAGAAUACCAAUUCCUCCAGCCUCACAACCACCACUCGUAAUACCACGCAGUCUCUGGCCAGAUCAGUCCAUGACACGCUCCGCGAGCAUGUUGCCGAUUCAAUCAGCAAGCUCGAUGUCAUUAAUGAAAACCCCAUCUUCAUGCAGCUCAACCAGAUGUCCCUCCCCUCCAUCGCGGCUGUUGGUCUGGAAACCAUGACUGAGAUCCUGGAAGGCCGCCAAGCCUCAUCGCCUCUGAACCUCAUUUGCUUCGUCCACGUCGUCUUCUCUCUAUCUCUGGUGAUUCACGAACAGGAUGUCGCCAAGCACUCUGCUGCCAUGUUCAAGCAAGCAUUGCUGUACAGCGAUUGGUUCUCUGACGACGACAAGAUAUCAUUCAUCGAGGUUGUUUACACACUUUGGAAGCCCAGCCAAGUAAACGAUGACGAGAUUAUUGCACUAUUGAAGUCACCUAGUGCUGGCAUGUCCAAGGGCAAACAGCCCGAACGGUUCCCUCAAGGAUCAAGGUCUGACCCGCUGAUACUGAUUGCGGCCUACUUCCUAGAUGAGCUCGAGUACAUGGCUAUCAACGACAGCAGCUAUACUGGACAGGCCUCUGAACUUGCCAUGCAACACCACAAGGACGGCCUCGGAGCUAGCCACAAUUCGCCGUUCGCCAUUGCAGCCAGGUUUAUGAUUGACAACAUCUUUUCUCAUGAAUACUCUCACUACCCAGGGUUCGAGCGCCGCAUGCAAAGACUCAUUGGCCAGAUCAACUCUGGCGAGGUGGGAACCGUGCGUCGCUUGGAGCUAGAGCUGAUACAGGCCGGAAGGACGUACCUACCUCCCGACGCAUUCUUUAGCGAAUAUGUCGAAGUCGUCCGGCGGCAGACCGACUCGCUGUACACGCAAAGCCCGUUUUUCAGCUCGCGGUCGACGUAUCACCGGUGCGGCAUCCAGCUGCUGAUGAAGGAGUCUAACAGGAACCCAGUCAUUGUGGAAACCGGAGUUGAGUCAUCGGCGCCGUCUUCCGGAGCGCUCAAUGGAAUCGUGGGCGUAGUACCAGUACCAAACAGCUUCGACAUUGACUUUGGCUCAAUGCUCGACUUCAAUCCGGACCAAGGAUUGGAUGACGAUGUUGCCGAACCUGCGGCCAUUGCCGGCGCCCCACUCAUGGGAGCCUCGCGGUGGGCACCAGGAGAUGCCGCAUUUGUCACAGUCACAGCUCCAGACGGCACCGCCGCCAUAGCCACGCCUGCAGCGCCUCGGCCUAUGGACGCUGAUGCGCUGCCGCUGGUGGACGAUGAUGCGCUGAUAUCCCCGAUUGCAUCGACGCCCAACAAAGCAGAGGCAUCGGCAUCGGCAUCAUCGACCAAGGUGGAAUCCGACAGCUGCUGCAAGCUUUGCGGCUAUCGACCCAAGGGCGACCCCCGGUGGUUCGUGGGCAGCAUGGCCAAGCACAUGAGGACGAUACACAGCGAUAACCCCCAAAUCUUCCGAUGCCCCUACCCGGGCUGCACGAGCCAGUACAGCAAGCGCGCGGACAAUUUGCGGCAGCACCAAAUUGAAAAGAACCAUUUCGUGGACGACGAGGAGAAGCAGGGACGGCGACCGCGCAAACGGAAGCGUCCAUCAGACGGCGGCGUCGGCGGCGAAUGA